AGCUUUUUGAGUGAUUGCUCCGCCAUCAAUCGUGCUGGGACUGCGUGGGGGCUGCUAGUAGACUCUCUGCUCGCAGCUGUGCCGCGCACGGCUGCGCGAGAGCGUUGAAAUCGCGGACUGAUGCUUUAAGAGCUGCUGCUGCCUGCUGCCUGCUGCAGGCCGAAUUCGUGACCGAUGCGCUGGUGUGCAGCAGUAUGCAGUAUAUGCAGUCUGCUGGCCGCAGCCAAAGCGAUGGCGCUGCGCCCCGUCGCCGAUGUAUUGCAACGCCUCGAGUACGAUCGCGGCGUCGACGCGAGUCGCUUCACGUUUUACUUCCGCGAAGCGCAGCUGCCGGUGAAAGUCGGCGCCGCGUGGGGCGAUGCGAACGACCGCGUGAAUGGCACUGAGCGCAUGCUGGCGAAAGCGAUACCGCAGCACCGCAUUGCAUUCGUGUCGUACGGUCAACGGUUGGUGUGGCACCGAGGGCGGCGCGUCGACCGCGUCUACGGGUCGGGACUCACACCACAUUGUAAACUCUACGACGUCGUCGCCGAGCACGACGCGUGGACUCAAAAACGCAGCGACGCGGCCGCUGCAACGCUCGAGGCCGUCCGGUGCGAGUGCGGCGCGGAUGCAUUUUCUGUCCUGCGCCAGAACUCGCGGCGGGCGUCGCGCCGCGACCUGGCGCCCGACGCCUGGCUCGACGCGGCGGACGAGAUCCUCGGCGUCGACCUCGUCGAGGACCUCGUCGUGUCGCUGCCAGACAUCGCUCUGCGCGAGGCGCUCGCCGACGCGCUCGAGGCGCGCGGGCGCCCCCUCGACGGGGAGUUGUGGGUAAAUGAUGUGUUCUAGUUUAUACAUGUGGCCCCCU